CCAUCCAUAUCAGCGCUCUCGGUUCCGAACUCAGAAGAGAGAUGUCGUCGGCGGUGUUGACGUUCAAGAACCCAGAAGAGGGUGAGGUGUUGACGUUCAAGAACCCAAAAGAGGGUGGGAAGGAUCUGAAAUUUCCCCCUAUAAUACAUGACUGGGACCUUCUUCCUAAUGGGUACACUUACUCCAAGGAUCGAAACGCUUCUCGUCGUGUAUUAGUCAGCCUUUAUGCUAGGUUGGGCCUUCAUCGUUACAAUUUUCUCAUGGGAAAAGACGUGCAGCUCGGUAGCGUAAUGAAGUACACCAUGUCCACUUAUUCUGCUGCUUCCGCUUACAGGAUCUAUUUCAAAGCCGAGGAUCCUGCUGCUGCAGAGACCACCAAGCCUCCAAUUUUUGAGGCUGAAGUAGAUGAGAUUGACUAUGGCCAAUUCAUUUUGGUCUCCUAUAGAUCUGGACCUUAUCCUGCUGAAAGCAAGAAACACCUCGAACAUUAUCGUAACAACGUGUUGGGUGGCAAGUUGCUCUCAUAUUUCGAGCCCGAUGAGUUGCUUCCAGGAGAGAAUCCUUUCCAAGAUGACACAGGCCGAUUUCAUCUGCUGGAAAAAUCAGAGGUUCUUAAGAAUGAGUGGAUCCGUUUGUAUUUGGAACUUGCCGUUGCCACAACUAAUAGACACCAUAUCAGACACGGUGUAGGCGCUCUGAAGAUUCACAAAGUGGCUAUGGAGAUCCAACGAGACCUUGAGCCCUUUCACAUUGGACUUGGCGCCUAUGAUGCUACUUUCUACAUUAAAUACACAGACGAUUGCAAGGAUCGUGCUCGUGCUGGUGAUGAUGGCUAUCGCGUUGCAAUUGUAAGAAGAAUCGUGGAUGUGCAUACGGGCAUCUUUAGAAUCAUCGGUCUUACUCAGAGCUUUCAAACCAUACCAGCCUCUAACGGAAUUGCUGCCAUUGAAUCGUCCCCACAAGACUAGAAUGUUCCAUUUGAAUACGUACGUACGUGGAUCAGAGAAUAAUCGUCGAUGAUAGUUGACUAAGGCUUUGAAUGGUUGGUCCAUACACUCUAUACUAAACAAUGCAUACUGAUAAUUUGGUAUGCUAGACUCCAUACUCAUUUUUAAAGCAGACCAAAAAUAUGGAAAUAGAUAGUUAUAUUCUAGUAUGGAGUUACUGUUUUAUGGAGUAUGUUUUAUUGGUAUGGAGUAUUGGUCUGGAUUUGGUCUGGAGUGUGUGAUUGGUAAAAAAAAUAGCGGACUGGUCCGAUUUUAGUCUGGUCUGGAGCAUACCAACCAACCAUUCAAGGCCUAAGUUAUUUGGUGGCAUUGGUCUUAGGAUUGUUAUCUUAUCUAUAUAACCGUACCGGGUUGCGUUUUCACAGUGGUGUGGGUAUAUCAAACCAUUCAAGGCCUAAGUUAUUUGUUUCAAUGAAUCUCCAUUGACCUUCAAGCAACUGAUUGGCAUAUCAAACCACCAAAUCCUUUUUGAUAGAUGUGUGGAUCUUUGUACCCUAAUUCAA